CAGUAAAAAUAAUCCGGAAGAUGAAGGCAUUAUUGAAAUAUUUAUAAAAGAGGCUAAUGAAGAUAUGGCGAAUCCACAAAUUAAAACUGCAUUAGAAACCUUUAUUCGAAAUUAUAGAAAAGCGCGUAACAUAUCAACAGGAAAUUUACUUAACUUUCUUUAUCAAAAUAAUAAACGAAUUCGCAGUAGAAAACAAAUUCCUGUUCAGGCAGCCUCCUUACAACGUAGAACAAAACGGUUAACGAAGGGUAAAAAAAGAGCAUUUCCAGGGCGACAGCCAUUAAAUGAACUUGAAAAUGCAGAUCCUCAAGAAAUGCAAGCCC